UGCGGGCGACUCCGAUCCACCCACUUACCGACCUCUGCUCUCCAGCCGGGAAGUUCCGUAAACCGGGCCAGUGACCCUGCCAACCCCCAACCUGGAGCGGCCUCAGGACUUGGGGCGGGGGCAGGGCUGCCUCUUGCUGCUGGCUGCGGCCUCCGCUGCAUAGCGGUGGAGCACCCAGGCCGGGAGGGUGCUGCCACUGCCACCCCACCAAUAGUUUCGGGAUCCCGCGCCUUCGCCAGCUGCCUGCGCGCUGGAGCUGGUGGCAAAGUCAUGUUUCUCAACUUUCCACACUUCUGGGUCCUGGUGACUCUGAGCACUAGCUGGGGGGUCCUGGGGAUCCACGCUGCACAACUAAGGCAGUUCUACGUGGCUGCCCAGACCAUCAGCUGGAGCUACAACCCUGAGCCCAGGGACCCCAGUUUAAAUUCUUCUGCCACAUCUUUUAAGAAGAUUGUCUACAGAGAAUAUGAAGCAUAUUUUCAGAAAGAGAAACCACAAAGUACAACUUCAGGUCUUCUGGGGCCCACUCUGUUUGCUGAGACUGGAGACAUGAUGAAAGUGCAUUUUAAGAAUAAAGCGGACAAGCCUGUCAGCAUUCACCCUCAAGGGAUUAAGUACAGCAAAUUCUCAGAAGGUGCUUCCUAUACUGACCACACAUCCCUGGCAGAGAAGCUGGACAACGCAGUGUAUCCAGGCCAGGAAUACACAUACGAGUGGGUGAUCAGCGAGGACAGUGGGCCCACACCCGAUGAUCCCCCCUGCCUGACUCACAUCUAUUACUCUCACGUCAACCUGAUCCAGGACUUCAACUCAGGGCUCAUCGGACCUCUGCUAAUUUGUAAGAAAGGUACCCUCAUCGAAGAUGGCACUCAGAAAAUGUUUGACAAUCAGCAUGUGCUAAUGUUUGCUGUAUUUGAUGAAAGCAAGAGCUGGAUCCCUUCUGCCUCCCUGAUGUACACAGUCAAUGGCUAUGUGAAUGGUACCAUGCCAGAUAUAACCGUGUGUGCCCAUGACCACAUCAGCUGGCAUCUGAUUGGAAUGAGUUCCGAGCCAGAACUGUUCUCCAUUCAUUUCAAUGGUCAAGUCCUGGAACACAAUCGACACAAGGUCUCAGCCAUCACCCUGGUCAGUACCAUGUCUUUGACUGCAAACAUGACCAUGAGUCCUGAGGGAAGAUGGAACAUCUCGUCUCUCAUCCCCAAACAUUUACAAGCUGGCAUGCAGGCCCACAUUGACAUUAAAGACUGUGCCAAGAAAACCCGGGCCCAGAAGACUCUCACUCGUACCCAACGGCGGCACAUUAAGCGGUGGGAAUACUUCAUCGCAGCUGAAGAAGUCAUCUGGGACUAUGCUCCUGUCAUACCAUCCAACAUGGACAAAAAAUAUAGAGCUCUACAUUUGGAUAAUUUCUCCAACCAAAUUGGAAAACAGUAUAAGAAGGUUGUCUACAGACAGUAUCAAGAUGCUACCUUUACCAAACGGUUGGAGAAUCCCAAUUUCCAAGAAGAUGGUAUCUUGGGACCUGUUAUCAGAGCACAGGUCCGAGAUACGCUCAAAAUCGUGUUCAAAAACAUGGCCAGCCGUGUCUAUAAUAUUUAUCCUCAUGGAGUGACCUUCUUGCCUUAUGAAGAUGAGGUCAAUGCUUCUUCCGUAUCAGGCACAAAUACUAUCAUUAGACCAGUUCAGCCAGGGGAAACGUAUACAUACAAAUGGAAUAUUCUGGAAUUGGAUGAACCCACAGAAAAUGAUGCCCAGUGCUUAACCAGACCAUACUACAGCAAUGUGGACAUCACACGGGACAUCGCCUCAGGGCUUAUAGGGUUACUGCUAAUUUGUAAGAGCAGGUCCCUGGACAAGAGAGGCAUACAGAGGACAGCCGACAUUGAGCAGCUGGCAGUGUUUGCUGUGUUUGAUGAGAACAAAAGUUGGUACAUCGAGGACAACAUCAACAAGUUUUGUGAAAACCCUGAUGAGGUGAACCGUGAUGACCCCAAGUUUUAUGAGUCAAACAUCAUGAGCACCAUCAAUGGCUAUGUGCCAGAGAGCAUUCCCACACUCAGAUUCUGUUUCGAUGACACUGUCCAGUGGCAUUUCUGCAGCAUGGGAGCCCAGGAUGAUGUUCUGACCAUUCAUUUCACUGGACACUCUUUCAUCUAUGGGAAGAGACAUGAGGACACCCUCACCCUCUUCCCAAUGAGGGGGGAGUCAGUGACCGUCACGAUGGAUAAUGUGGGAACAUGGAUGUUAACCACCAUGAACUCUCAUCCACGGAACAGAAACCUAAGACUGAGGUUCAAAGAUGUCAAGUGCAUCCGGGAAUAUGAUGACGAAGAUUCAUAUGAGAUCAUCUAUGAGCCUAUUCCAGCCCCCACAGCCAUGUCAACACGCAGGAUGCGCGAGCCUUCGGAAGACUCCGAAGAAGAUGAUUACCAGGACAUGCUGGCUUCCCAGUUUGGAAUUAGGUCUCUCCGAAAUGCAUCCAGCAGUCAGCAGGAAGAGGAGUUCAACCUGACUGCAGUGGCUUUGGAAGAUUAUUAUGACUCUAUACCUCCCCACAGCCAGGUCAAUGAUGGCUCCAGUGCUCCUUCCCCAAGUAACAACAGCAGGUUUAUGGACAAUCUCUUGACAGGGCCUCAAGAGAGACUUGGGUUCCCAGAAGCCACUGUGGCUGGUCCCCCAGAAAAAGACUUUAGCUUGCCUAAGGUCAAUUCUUCUGAAGAGGAACAUUCCAGUCCUUACUCUGAAGACCACAUAGAGGACCCUGUGAAGUCAGAGAUCACUGAAAUACACUUGCUCCCCCAUGGAGAAAGUGUCCAAGGAAUGGGAAGGUUCCUGAAAUCCAAGAGAUUUAAGGCAGGGAGAGGUGGUCGAGCCACAAAAUACAAAUUCCCCCCAGUGGACUCAGCAACACCAAACAAUAGGAGGCAUUCAAGCCAUGGCCAUAUGUCUCUGUCUCCAAGGCAACCCCAGGAAAAAGUUCUCAAUGAUCAGCUAUUCUUCAAACUAAUAGAUUCAUCAGAUAUCAUGAAUAGGACAUGGCAGUUGGUGUCUGAGAAAGGCAGCUAUGAAAUCAUCAAGGAGGCAGGUGAAGACAUGUCCGUUUAUGAGCUCAAGCACCCCGAGAAGGACUCAAGAUCCUGGGGAAAAAGUGCCCGCAUCACAGACUGGCCUGGACAGCAGAGCAACCACUCAAAGAUUUCUGGAAUGAAUCAUAGUUUGCUCCAAGUGGGACAGGAUGAAAGACAUGAGGGGUUGAAGAAAAACUCGUUUUUUAUAAAGACACGGAAAAAGAAAAGGGUGCAAAAUUUUCCUCACAGUGCUCCUCUCUCUCCCAGGGGUUUCCCUCCACACAGAGAAAGAGCCAACACUUCUGACAAGAUACUGACUCUUCCAUUGUUGCCUGACACACUCAAUGAAACAUCUCUCCCCACAAACUCCAAUCAUAUAUUACCCAGGCUUCCUGACCUAGGAAUUUCACUUCCACUUCUUGACGAUGGUCAGAACCCCCAACAUGAAUCCAGUCAGACAAGUCCCCCACCAGAUCUUUACUCAGAAGAACAUACUCAACAGUUCCCAAUUCAAGACUUAGAUCAAAUGCUUUCCAUCUCAGACUACAGUGCCAGAACUUCUGCAGAGCCUGGUGAGAUGCCCAGUUAUGGCCUAAGAAAUGAGUCCUUUCCUACACACCUUGAUCAAAUACUGCCUGUCUUGGAAUCUGAAGUAUUGCUGGAAACUGUCUCUCCAGAUGUCAGUCAGUCAUUGCUCUCUCCAGACCUGGCUCAGGAUACUUUUUCCACAGACCUCAGUGACAUCAUCCUUUCCCCACACCUCAGUAACACCACCCUUUCCUCAGUACUCAAUGAGACUACACCUUCCUCAGACCCCAGUGAGACCACCCUUUCCUCAGAAUUUUCCUCAGACUUCUAUGAGGUAAUCCAUUCCCCAGACCUCACCUGGGAUGGCACUUCCUCAGACCAAAAUGAAGUAACCCUUUCCCCUGAGCUCUUAAGGUUACCCUUUGUUCUCAAUGAGGAGACACUUUCCCAAAAUCUCAGUGAGGCUAUCCUUUCCCCAGAUCUUGCCUGGAACUACGAAGAGACAUCAUAUCCUCCUGAAGGCAGGCCCACAUGGUCUCCUGCAGACCCAAGUAUGACAUCUGGCACAUCCCAGUCCCUGCCUCUUCCAGAACAUGAUCAGAUGUCCCCCUCUCCCAUUCUUGAUCAGAGUCCAUCUCCAACAGUCAAUGACUUUAGGCCAACAGAUUUCUACCCACCAGUGAUUGUGGGCCUAAGUGGAGCUGAUGGAGAUUACAUCGAGUACAUUCCAAAGGAGAAGGUCCUGAGCAGUGAAGAACUAAAUGUGGAGAUGGAUUAUGUGGCCUAUGAUGACCCUUACCAAACUGACAUUCGGACUGAUAUCAAUUCCUCCAGGAAUCCAGAGCACAUAGCCUCCUUUUACCUCCGCAGCAACUCCGGAAAUAGGAAGUACUAUUACAUCGCUGCUGAAGAGAUAGUCUGGGAUUAUGCGAAAUUCACACAAAGUGAGAUGGACCAUGAAGAUGCCGAUAGUCUCCCCGAGAACACAGUGUAUAAGAAGGUGGUUUUCCGGAAAUAUCAGGACAUCUCUUUUACCAAACGGGACCCCCGUGGGGAGUACGAAGAGCACCUUGGCAUUCUGGGUCCUGUUAUACGAGCCGAAGUGGGUGAUGUGAUCCAGGUGCGCUUUAAGAAUCUCGCCUCCAGGCCGUUUUCUCUGCACGCACAUGGACUCUCGUAUGAAAAGUCUUCUGAGGGGAAGAUCUAUGAAGAUGAGUCCCCACAGUGGUUCCAGGAGGACGAUGCCAUCCAGCCUAAUGCCAGCUACACAUAUGUGUGGCACGCCACAGAGCGCUCAGGGCCCGAGACUCCUGGCUCUUCCUGCCGCACCUGGGCCUAUUACUCUGCUGUGAACCCGGAGAAAGACAUCCACUCGGGCCUGAUCGGGCCGCUUCUCAUCUGCCGCAGAGGAACGCUGCAUAGGGAGAGCAACCUGCCCAUGGACAGGCGGGAAUUCGUGUUCCUAUUCAUGGUCUUCGAUGAGAAGAAGAGCUGGUAUUAUGAGAAGAAGCCCCAGAGGUCUUGGGGAUUCCCGUCUACAGAUGAAAAAAACUCCGAGCAAUUUCACGCCAUUAAUGGACUGAUCUACAAGAUGCCAGGCCUACGCAUGUUUGAGCAGGAGUGGGUGCGGCUGCACCUCUUAAACCUUGGCAGCUCCAAGGACAUCCAUGUGGUGCAUUUCCAUGGCCAGACCCUGCUGGAUAAUGGCACCCAGCAGCACCAGUUGGCUACCUGGCCCCUUCUGCCUGGCUCCUUUAAAACUCUCGAAAUGAAGGCUGCCAAGCCUGGCUGGUGGCUCCUGGACACACAGGUUGGAGAAAGCCAAAGAUUAGGGAUGCAGACACCUUUUCUCAUCGUGGACAAAGAAUGCAAGAUGCCCAUGGGCCUCAGCACUGGUCUCAUAAGUGACUUACAAAUCACAGCUUCUCAGUUUCUGAGUUAUUGGGAGCCCAAGUUAGCAAGAUUAAACAAUGGCGGCUCCUAUAAUGCAUGGAUAGCAGAUCCACCUUCAAUGGAAUUCAGCUCAAAGCCUUGGGUCCAGGUGGACAUGCAGAGAGACAUCCUUGUCACAGGGAUCCAGACCCAGGGUGCUAAGCACUAUCUCAAAUCCUACUACACCACUGAGUUCCAGGUGGCUUACAGCUCAGACCGGAUCAACUGGAAUAUCUUCAAAGGGAAAAGCACAAAGAACGUGAUGUUUUUUCCUGGCAAUUCAGAUUCUUCAACAAUCAAAGAGAAUCCGCUGGACCCCCCCAUUGUGGCUAGGUAUAUCCGGAUCUCCCCAACUCGAUUCUACAACAAGCCAGCCCUUCGCCUGGAGCUGCAAGGCUGUGAGGUGAACGGCUGUUCCACACCACUGGGAAUGGAGAGUGGAAAUAUCAAAGACCAGCAAAUUACAGCAUCCUCCUUUAAAAAAUCCUGGUGGGGGGAUUACUGGAAGCCUUCCCUGGCCCGUCUUAAUGCUCAGGGCCGCGUGAAUGGCUGGCAAGCUCAGGCGAACAACCACAAACAGUGGCUGCAGAUUGACUUGCUUAAAGUCAAGAAGGUCACGGCCAUUGUCACGCAAGGGUGCAAGUCACUGUCCUCGGAAAUGUAUGUGAAGACCUACACCGUACAGUACAGUGACCAAGGGGUGCAGUGGAAACCGUACCGGCAAAAAUCCUCCAUAGUAGACAAGAUUUUUGAAGGAAACAGUAACACCAAAGGCCACAUGAAGAACUUUUUCAACCCGCCCAUCAUCUCCAGAUUCAUCCGCAUCAUUCCCAAGUCAUGGAACCAGAGUAUUGCGCUCCGAGUGGAAGUUUAUGGUUGUGAUAUUUACUAGGAUAGAAUCUUCAGGAAGGUAGAUGUGGCAAGGCUUUUGAUAGCUCUUUUCAGUACCAAUCAUUUCCACUCUUUCCCCUAGUUUCUAUUAGAAAAUACAGUUUCAUAGGCAGAACUUUCAUCUUGGCGCCUUAAGAAACACAACAAAUGUCUUACUUUUCUAUCUGUGUAAAAUUGAAUAUAUCAAACAGACCAAGAACCUACUAAAAAAUGGCUUGCCUUCUGCAAUGAUUAAAGCUAUAUACUGAUACUAUA